GUAGUAAAUACAGUGCUGACACACAGUUAAUGACGUCAUUGAUUGUAUCCCGGCUGGAUCAGAGGCAGAAAGGCGACAAGGCUAGAAAAAGGUUCUUAAGAUGCUCAUAUAUGAAUAUCGAGUGGUACUUCCCAUGAAAGUGGAAGAGUACCAGAUAGCUCAAUUAUAUUCAGUAGCUGAAACAAGUAAAAAUGAAACUGGAGGUGGAGAAGGUGUUGAAGUAUUAGUAAAUGAACCAUUUAAUGCAACGACACAUUGUCCUCCUGAACCAUUAUGUGCAAAUAACAAACGUUAUACUGAGGGCCAAUACACACACAAGUUGUACCAUUUGAAUGAUAAAGUGCCACAUAUAAUUAGAAUUAUAGCCCCAAAGGGUUCGCUGGAGAUCCAUGAAAAGGCUUGGAAUGCUUACCCAUAUUGCCGAACAGUAAUCACAAAUCCCGGCUACAUGAAAGAAAGCUUUGUAUUAAAAAUUGAAACUAUUCAUCUACCAGGCAAUGGACAAAUUGAAAAUGCUCACAGUCUUUCACCUGAACAUUUAAAAAGUAGGGCUGUUGUUAUGAUUGAUAUUGCUAACAACUCUGUUGUUUCUUCUAAGGACUACAAGAAAGAAGAAGAUCCAACAACAUAUAAGUCUGAAAAGACUGGUCGGGGACCUUUGUUAGGCAAAUGGAUGGAUGAAGCUGACCCUAUUAUGACCUGUUAUAAAUUAGUGUCCGUAAACUUUGCAUGGAUGGGAUUACAAACACAAAUAGAAAAAUUUAUCCAAGGGCAAGAGAAACGAAUUUUCACUAAUUUUCAUCGUCAGGUAUUUUGUUGGACUGACUAUUGGUUUGGCAUGACUUUAGAGGAUAUACGAUCACUUGAGGAAAAGACGAAGGAAGAUUUAGAUAAACAACGGUGUUUAGGCACUAUCCGGGGAACUACAUAACUGCUCAGAAACUUUUUAGUAACCAAUCUAACAACACUAUCACUGCUGUGAGCAUGUCUUCACUGACACUGUAAUUCCAAGAAUCAAAAAACUAGUAAUUAAUACAAAUUAUUGUAUCUUAAACAGCAUCUAAAACAAAAAAAAUAUGAGUUAAAAAGCGUAUUUGAAUAUUCUGAGCAAGUUUUGCUAAUAAAGUCUUACACCUUUAUUAGGACAAUUUACUUUAGCUGAACUUGAAACAAAGUAUUCUCAUUGUUUUUGUUUUUUUUUUCCCCCUAAAUUUAUUCAGAAAAUUUUUUCUUUUAGGUUUACAAAUAUCUUUUCAACGAUGAUGUACCAAUAAACGUUUCCUUAGCUAUUUGUAAUAAUCUCUGUAUUUCCAAAAAUUUUCACAGUAGUAAACAAAAGGAUCAAAAAAAGAAAAAAAUUAGAACUACCAUGUCUGUCAGGUUAUCUGUAAAUGAAUGUUUUGGAAAAUUUCUAGUUUAGGUUUUAGAAAAAAAUAAUUUUUUUCAUCAGAUUCACUGUUUUUCAUGAGCAAGCUGAACCUUAGUUUUUGGAAACAUUAUAAGCAAAAAAAAAAGUUAUGUGCCAAAUGCUUAUGGUAAUUAACUUUAAACACUUUCAAGGUUUUAUUGAACAUUCAGCUUAAAUUUGUUUAAGCUUGUUAACUAACUUUUUUAUUUCUCUGUUUUGUUGAUUAUAUUUCUUUUUGCUGCUUGGCUCUUCUAGCAUCCAAAAAUAAAUAAUAAAUGAAAUUAAAAUACCUAAGUAAUAUAGAUUUUUUUUAUGGGAAGAUGAUAUCUUUUCAGAAACUUUCUCAUUCAAAUAGUCAGUGUCCUAUAUUCUGUAAUGUUUGCAUAUAGUCUUUCUUCACUCACAGUUAAUUAACAGUUGCUGUUAAUAUAUUAGUAAUUCUCAAAUGCGACUGUCCAGAUUGAAGGCUUGUGUUUUAAUAUACCCCUCCCCCCUCUUCCAAUAAAACGAAAAACAAAACAAAACUG